CGUGACGUCAUGACGUCAUGUGACGUCGCUCGGCGAGGCGCUGAUAAAGGCCGAUCAGCUGAGAGGGAAGUCGGCGAGUUACCGACGAACGUGGAGGUGAACGCACGUCCGGCCGUUUCUAUUGGCGUUUAUCUUCUUGUUCGGGGGAUUUCUGACCUGAGGCGCAAUGUCGGACGGGCACGUUGAAAUCCACGACCCCUUCUCCAACCACAAGGACCACGAACGCAGCACAGAUGACGACACGGACAACAUGGAGGACACGGUGGAGUUCAGGCUGCUCAUGGCCUACGCCACCAGGCGGCGGGCGAAGUCCCUGACGGGUCGCGCCGACCAGAACGGAACAGCCGCGCCCCGGACGCCGCCGUCGCCACCGCCGCCGGCCAAGACUGAAUCAGAAGAAGACAAGAAGAAGAAGAAGAAGAUGAAGAAGAAGAGGGGAUGGAAACGUCUGUCGGGCUUUUUAAGAUGCAUCAAACCUCAGACGAGAGGAGACGAGCCGGAGCAGAACGCUGCUCCAGAACCGGACAACGUCUUCAGAUGUGGUGGUUUGACAGAAGAUGAAGUGAAAGAGGACGACGAGCUGGAAGACGCCGCGAGCCAACUGGCGCAGAUCGCAGACGAAAUCCCGUUCAUCCCUCCGGAGUUGGAGACGGACUCGGCAGACGACGAUGUGGAGAGGAUGAUCGGUCUGCUGCUGAGGGAGAGCGGAGACAGACUCAACGAACGGGAGCUGAGAGACGUGUCGUUGGCCAAGGAGCUCUUCUGGAACUACGGUUUCUUCAAGAGGAUAGUGUCGACGCUCCUGUCCAGGAUGGGCCUCACGACCUCUGACCCCGGCUCCCCGGGGCCGCACGCGUCGCCCAAGGCCCAGAUCGCCGUGGCCUGCGAGGCCACGAGUCGUCUGUCGGCCAUGGACACGCUGCCCACGAGCCGCCUGCUGGGCUACGGAGCCCGAUACCUGAGGGAAUAUUACUCGUCCUGGGCACAAGAGCAGGGCGGAUACGAAGCAGCGUUCGAGAGCGACGACGACGACGUCCAGUGAGCCGAGAGAGAGACGCGGUUUCCAACGCCGCUGCUCGUCACUUUGACAGAAGAAAAGAAGAAAAAAACCCCCGCUACGCUGGACGGAGCCGCCGAGACGGACUUCAGCUCCUUCACUUUACCGAAG